AUGGCUCCGCAGCUCGGGAAACGGAAGCGCGUUACAAGGGAGCAGCUGGAGCGGUCGUCGCGGUCGCCCUCGCCGUCGUCGGGGUCGGAUAAUGAGGACAUGCAGGAGCUGUUCCGGCGCGCGUUUGAGAAAAAGUUCAAGCCGCUGGACGUUGAGCCCAAAAAGCCGAAGGUCGUGGCCACGCCGGUAGUAGAAGAGGAGGACGACGACGACGACAAUGACGACGACGAAGACAAUGACGACGACGAAGACGCCUGGUCAGGGCUCAGCGACACGGAAACAGGCCAAGUCGAGGUCGUGGAAUACAAAGACCCAAGCCAGGACUCGGACGGCGAAACCUCCAAAGCGCAAAAGCGCGCCUUCAUGUCCUCAAAACCCCCUACAUCCUCCACGCCCACACCCGGCAAGACGCUCCUCAAGAAAAAGCCCGCCGACGCCGACGACACGGGCGAAGUCGCGAACCUCAAAAACGACCUCGCGCUCCAGAAACUCCUGCGCGACUCCCACAUCCUCUCUGCCUCGUCCUCGGGCACCUCGACGCCCUCGCUCACCACCUCGGGCGCCGCCCGCCACAAGUCCACAGAUCUGCACCUGCAGACGCUGGGCGCGCGCGGCAGCGUUUUCACGCAGAAGAAGAUGCCGAUGGCGCAGCGCAAACACAUGGCGCAGAAGGCGCGCGUGGGCGAGGAAAAGCGCCGCUACGAAGCGCGCGAGGCGGGUGUUAUCCUGGAGAAGGAGCAGCGUGUUGCGGGUAAAGACAAGGAGAGGAAGAGGGAGAGGAGUGUGGGUGGGCCGAGUAUCGGAAAGUUCAAGGGUGGUACGCUGAGUUUGAGUAAGAAGGAUGUCAGGAGUAUCACGGGUGGGCCGGGGAGUAAAGGUGGGAAGGAUAAGAAGGGGAAGGGCAAGCCGAGGCGGUGA